CGUCUUCGGUAUCCCGUCUCAGUCUGCGACAUAAGACUUGCCACCAUAGUGCCCCGAUUGGAGAAAGCUGCAUGAUCUGUUGGCAGCCAUUGUAGCCCUUUUUGGAACACCGUAUCCCCUAGUCUUUGCCAGAUAUCAGCGCAUGGCUGGAAAGGGGAAGCGGUCCAUGCCUGAUAACAUGUCGACUCAAGCAUCUAAGAAAAGAAAGGGAGGUGGCGGUGGUCAAUGGCGCAAGCAAGGCAAUAAGGCAGGAAUUGAGGGAGGCGAUUGGGGUGUCUUCGUGACAUGCGAUAUUGGAAAGGAAACCAAGUGUAUGUCGGAGGCUGUGGAUUUGUUUUCUCAGCGUAUUGAGGGGAAUGAGAAGGAUGUCGACAAUGGCGAUAAGUCCGACUCAGAUGAAGAUGACAUCGAGGCCAUGAUCAAGAAGGAAGUCGAGGGACUCAAACCCAGCCAAGCCAAGUCUCGUCCGUUCCAGGGAAUUCGAAUGGACUUACCAUGCUUAUCAUUCAUCCGGUUUGACAAGUCCAUUGAUCCAGAAGAAAUGGUACAUCAAUUGUGCCUUGAAGCACACGCUCAUCCCGAGAAAAAGCGCUCUCGGUACAUUCAACGCAUGACUCCUGUCAAGUCUGUUCGAAAGACUCUCAGUGUAGAACUGGAGGCUUUUGCGCGCGAAAUUCUGAAGCCUCAUUUCCACUCUGGAGGCCCCCCUAAGAAGUACGCCAUCCGACCUGUCGUAAGGAGCAACAAGAAAUUCAGCAGAGACUCGGUCAUCAAGACCGUUGCAGACGUUGUUGGUCCUGAACAUCCUGUCGAUCUCAAAAAUUAUGACAUACUCAUCAAUGUCAUGGUCAUUCAGAACGUGAUUGGUAUGGGUGUGGCAGGAAGUGAUUAUGAACAGUUGAAAAAGUACAACCUGGCGGAAUUGUAUACCCCAACUUCAGCAGCGCAGGCUGCGGAGCCUUCCGAGGACUAGCACGGGACUUCAGUGAGACGUCGUGACUGAUCUUCUCCGUUAUAUCUAGAACAGCGUCGCUAUAUCAAGAUGGACAAUACUACCCAAAAAAAAAAUAUGCUCUCGGCCCAGUUGCGGACCCAUCUGCUUACAAAUGAUCGUAGUUGGAUGGCUCUCAUGAACAACAAAUGGAGCCCAAGGCUCUACUCCGACUCAUGAUUGCACGUAUGCUUAUGUCUCCUUUACAUAGACUGAAAGUCACGAUGGACGGCAUCGCGCUCGAUACGAGGGACACGCCGGGCUGCAAUGGCUGCACCGUUUUUACGUGAAUCAUGAUGGCUGAGUUUCAAACUGCUUCAGACUAGUUGAGUACAGUGGUGGGUGCGGCAUAUGCCCUUCUCGUACAGACCCC